AAUUCUAACCUCUCAACACUCUUUUAUUCCUUCACUUCUCACUUCAAACCCAACAUUCUCCACCUCCGCACCACCACCACCACCACCGCCACCAUGCACCACUCCUCCUCCACCUCCACCUCCGUCCACGGCUUCUACACCUUCCUCACCCAAGGCCUCGACGAUCUCUACGCUGCUAUCCACUCCCAUAACUUCAUCACCAUCCAAUUCCUUCAAACCGUUCUCUCAUCCCUUCAAUCUUUCCAUUCUCAAUUGACACUUGUCGUCCAGAAACUCCACUUGCCGGUCGGCGAAAAAUGGCUCGAUGAAUAUAUGGACGAAACCGCCCGCCUCUGGGAAGUUUGCCACGUCCUCAAGACCGGAGUUUCCAAUAUGGAGAACUACUACACCGCCGGUGAAAAUAUCUCGACGGUCGCCCAAAACCACCACCAACUGUCACGACAGGUUCUUAGAGCCAUCAAUGGCUGCCAAAGGGAGAGAGUAGGAUUGGAGGAAGAAAACAGAAGCUUGAUAGAAACAAGAAUUCAACCAUUGCUAAUGAAGUUCGACAAGAAUGUAUCGAUCGAAUCCAAGUUCAAUGGAUUCAAUGGGUUUCGAGGAGUUCUUUAUGCAUUGAAGAACACAAAUUCAUUGCUUUUGACGAUCCUCUUGAGUGGCUUAGUUUACUGUUCUUCCGAAACAAGCUUCUCUUCUUCGAACACAGACUGUUACGAUGAAGGUGACCAGCAGGUGGGUUUCGGGUCGGGUUUCAUGGCGUCGGCUGCUCGAUUACACGAGAGAAUGAAGGUGAGCGAAAACGGGCAAACGGGUAUCUUGCUUUACGAGUUUCAGAUGGCGGGAAACUCCAUGGAUGAGCUUAAAAGAAUGGUGGAAAGGCUGGAUUUUGAUUUACAUGAAAAGGUUGAAAAGCUAAAAAACUGUUUUGGGGCGUUGAAAUGUGGAGCUGAGAAUGUGAUUGUGCAGCUUGAUGACUUCUUUGAUGAGAUUGUUGAAGGUAGGAAGAAGCUCUUGGACUUGUGCACUCACACAUAAAUAAAAUAAAUAAACCAGACCAGACAAAACCAGUAUAUUCUGUUCAAAUUCAGAGUCUGAAAUAAAAAAACGUACGCGCAAAAAACAGUAAAACUGUUUGUGGGUUUUCGAAUUUGGAUUAGUAUCGUCCUUUUUUCCGUGUUCAAGUUUCACCUUGUUUGACAUGGCGAGAAACGACUCGUUUCUUUUCCGUGUGUCUCGGUGACGAUAUCGACCGA